UAAUUAACUUCUCCAUCUGGCUCCUAAGUUUCACCAAAAAUUAGAUCUCAUUUGUAGAGAAUAAUGGAAGUUGAGAAAGUUCUUCACAUGAAUGGAGGGGAAAAUCAAGACAGCUAUUCCAACAACUCCUUAGUUCAAAAGCUGGUUAUACUCAAGGUGAGAGGCAUUCUUGAAGACAGCAUGAAAAACUUGUGUCAUUCAGGGUUGCCACAAUGCGUAACACUGGCUGAAUUGGGAUGUUCUUCAGGGCCAAAUGCACUAUUACCAAUAGCUGAAAUGGUAGAAAUAAUUGUGGACAAAUUAAGCCAUGAUGAAUUAUUGAAUAAUAAUAAUAAGAAGCCUAUUAACGUUCAAGUCUUCUUGAAUGAUCUUGUUGGCAAUGACUUCAACAAUGUUUUCAAACUUUUGCCUAGUUUUUAUGAACAACUUGAGAGAAAGAAGGGACAAGUUUCAUGUUUUGUUGGAGCUGUGCCUGGUUCAUUUCAUGGAAGACUUUUUCCUCAACAUUGUGUCCAUUUGGUGCAUUCUUCUUAUAGUCUACAUUGGCUAUCUCAGGUACCAAAGGGGUUGGUGACUGAAUCUGGUUUGCCAUUGAAUAAAGGCAACAUUUAUAUAGCAAAAACAAGUCCUCCAAGUGUCCAUGAAGCUUAUUUGGAUCAAUUUCAAAAGGAUUUUACUAAUUUUCUUAGCAUGAGAUGUGAAGAGAUGGUAGAUUUUGGGAGUUUAGUUCUUACUUUCAUAUGUAAAAAUGAUGAAGAUGAUGGAUGUGAUUUUUGGGAGUUGCUUGGGAUCACCAUGAAUGACAUGGUCAUUGAGGGGAUGAUUGAAGAAACAAAAUUAGACAAUUUCAACCUCCCACUAUAUGCACCUUCAAUAAAAGAAAUAAAGCAAAUCAUAAAGAAUGAAGGCUCUUUCAAAAUAUUGCAACUUGAGACUUUUAAACUCAAGUGGGAUUCAAACAUGGCUAAUCAUGGUGAGAAAGAAGAAAAAAUAUUAUUCGACGAGAAGAGUAGGGCUGUAUACGUAGCUGGAAAUAUGAGAGCGGUUCAAGAAUCUAUAUUAGUUGACCAUUUUGGCGAAGAAAUCAUGGAUGAUUUGUUUGAAAGAUUUGGAGCGAAGGCGAUAGAGUACAUGGAGAACUGCGGGAAAGGCAUUAUUAAUAACGUCGUUCUUUCACUCAGUAAAAUGAACUAAGCGAUGGAAAACAUGUCAUUAAGGAUCGUCUUACCUCUUUAAUAAACUUAUUCAGAGAAUAUAAUAUGAUCGAAUCCUGUUUUUGAGAAUAUUGUUUACAUACUCACUUUUUAUUUCUAGUAAAUCAAUUGUCUAAAUUGAUGUUUUAUUUAUUUGAGACUAUACAAUAAUU